AUUCGUAUUUGGAAAUUGUAUCUUACCAACUUUCCUUCUUUUCAAAAUCUUUUGGUUUAUACUUACUCUUGUUUUUAUUCUUGUUUUCUACAACAAAUUAAUACGGAGUAAUAAACAUUAUUAUCAUGGAUGAUGAUUCCUCCGCUUCUUACAUCCACAUGGUGCAACACUUGAUAGAAAAAUGCAUGUUAUUCAAGAUGACGAAAGAAGAUUGCAUGGAAGCCUUGUCUAAACAUGCUAACAUCAAACCUGUUAUUACUUCAACUGUGUGGAAGGAACUAGAGAAAGAAAACAAGGAAUUUUUCGAGGCGUAUUCUUCCAAAUCGAGAAACGAUCGAAUGAGUGAAGCAGAGACAAGUGAAAUGAUACAGAAGAUGAUUUCCGAUUCAUCAAAGGAUUCCAAAGACUAAAGACAUUUCAAUUUUAAUUUGAACAUAUGCAACACAUGCAUUAUUGAAACUUUGAAAGUGAUAGAUCUUUAAUUCCUUUGAUGCAUUUAAUUUCUAAUGCCAUAGUACCUUAGCUUGUUUGUGUCGUCCUUCACGUAAAGCCAAAUGCAUCAUAUAUUUGAAGAUCGAUGGAUCAAAAAACUAUAUUUUGUGGUCCAUUUAUUCUAGGUACUCUACUACUCGGUCAUUAUCCAAUCAUAUUUUGCCUAAUCACAUUUUUCUUUUUC